AUGGAUUGGGUCCGAGACUGGUCUGUACUUCGCAUGAGCUUGAAAUGGUUACGACCUCUGUUGGAAGACCCUGACCUCGAUUUCCAGGUCAUCUACUUGGCCCGUGACCCCCGUGCUGUUCUCAGCUCCCGGACUAAAGUUCCCUGGUGCCGGGCCCCAUCCUGCCGUAACCCAAAGGUAAUGUGUUCUCUACUGACUGAGGACUUGGCGGAGGUGCCGGGGCUCCUGAAAGCGUAUCCUCAAAGAUUCAAGUUCGUGACCUACGACCGCAUCUGCCGAAACGUGACUGGCUCCCUACAAGACCUCAUGGCAUUCCUCAAACUCCCUCCGACGGCAGACCAGAGGGAAUUCCUGCAGUAUCCCAAGAUCCCCCGCAGGAGAUACGGCAACAGAAACAACACCUUCCUCCUCCAGGCGCAGUUGUGGCGGACCAGUACUUCGUUCAACCACAUCGUCUUGCCCGUCCAGAACGCCUGCCGAGGGUCCCUGGAGAAGCUAGGUCUCAGGAUCUUCGCUUCGAGGAAAGAGCUGGUCGAUUUGAGUGUCCCGGCUGUUGUUGUGGGAGGCGAUGGGGGUUUCUGA